AACAAAAUUUGGAGAAGGCGCAGAAAGAACUUGCAGAACAGAAGUUGGAUCUUGAAGAGUAUAAAGGAAAGUUAGAGCUCACGGAAAAGAGCAAUACAGAAAUUUGUACCAAUCUUGAGGAAGUGAAAAUAGAAGUACAUCGAUUACAGGAAUCUGUCAAACGAUUGGAAAAGGAAAAUAGUGAAUUCCGUAGACAAAGAGAUAUAGCCACAGAUGAGGCAAGUGCGUUGCAGCUGCAAGUAGAAAGGCGGGAUACUGAGAUCGAAAGAAUGCGUACUGAAUUAUCAUCUUUAAGCAAUCAGCUUCAAACUGCCAUUGCAGCUAAAUGUCAAACUCUGGCUGAGACAGAGGAAAUCCGUAGUCGAGAAAUGACCUUGAACUUCAA